UGCCCUGGGAACUUCCCGCAGAUCCGCCGCGAUCUGGCUGCGCCGGGGGCCGCAGGGUUUAAAAGCAGCUGUGCGGAGCCGGGAGUGAAGCAGCAUGGAUGUGGUCAGCCAAGUCCCUGUGGAAGUCGAGCUUCCCAAGCACAUCCUGGAUGUCUGGGUCAUUGUCCUCAUCAUCCUGGCCACCAUUGUCAUCAUGACCUCCUUGUUGCUGUGCCCAGCCACUGCAGUCAUCAUCUAUCGCAUGCGAACUCAUCCAGUCCUCAAUGGGGCUGUCUGAGAACCUCCCAAGAAGGCCACGUGUCCCCUCCCGCAGCCUCUUCCCCAUUCUCUGAAGAGCA